AUGUCCUCCUUCUUCCGAAAAGUGACACUUGGGACUCGAAUCCUUCGUCGCGGCUUGGCCACCGCCGUGACAGAAGCACAACUGGUCGCCUCAUCGUCUUUGACCGAGGCCGGUACAUCCUCCGCACCGGCGACCCAGGCCAAAUGGACUCCCUACACGCAACGGACCGGUGCUAUAGCGAGAAAGAGAGGAAUGAUGUCAGUGUGGGAUCAGGAUGGAAAACGAUGGCCUGUGACGGUUUUACAGAUCGAUUCUUGCCAAGUCAUCCGUCAUUCUCCUCCACCAGCAAAUAACCACCUUCAUUCUCUUCAACUCGGCGCAUCUCCUCGAGCUGAACGUACCACUCCUAAACCCUUACUUGGUCACUUCAAAUCUGCCGGUGUUCCACCCAAAUAUCGUCUACAAGAAUAUCAAGUAACGAGCGAUGCUGUGUUACCAGUCGGUACUGAACUCUCUGCAGGACAUUUCGUUCCUGGGCAAUAUGUAGAUGUUACGGGUGUUUCAAUAGGAAAGGGGUUUCAAGGUGUGAUGAAGAGACAUGGGUUUAGGGGUUUAUCAGCUUCACAUGGUGUUUCUUUGAAACAUCGAUCUGGGGGUUCUACGGGUCAGAAUCAGGAUCCAGGUCGUGUCAUACCUGGAAAGAAAAUGGCAGGUCAUAUGGGUGUCGAUAAAUGUACAGUCCAAAAUCUCCUCGUACAUCAUGUCGACCUAGCCCUCAAUGUCAUAUACGUCCGUGGCUGUGUCCCAGGGACGGAUGAUUCUUUCGUUUCUGUACGUGACGCGAAGAAAAAGGUGAAUUGGAGAGGUCAAAAAGGUUUACGAAGGGGUUUAGACGAACAUAAAUGGUUAGGUGAAGGAGUCACAAGUCUUCCUACUCCUGCAGGUACCAAAGAACGAGUUGAGAAAGAAGGAUGGCCCGUGGUGUCAGAUUGGGCAGGAAGAAGCGUUCAUGGUUAG